AUGCAGGAUGGCGACAAAGAGAAUUUGGAAAGUGUCAUUAAUGAAUGUGUGGCUGCUGGUAUGCCAGAGCUUGAUUCUCCUGUACAACGAGCAAGAAAACUUUUCGAAGAUUUGAAAGAAAUGCCGAAAAAAGAUAAUUUCUACCUCACUUCUGACAAUUUACACGAUAAAGCGAAGAAAGCAAUUGCUUCAAAAGACGGACAAGAUCCCCGAGGUGCAAAAGAGGAGGCGGAAAAAGCAGCCCUUCCAGAAUUUUGUUCUUAUGUUGUAUCUGGAUUAUAUAUAAUCACUUGCUUAUCUAUCUAUCUAUCUAUCUAUCUAUCUAUCUAUCUAUCUAUCUGUCUAUCUAUCUAUCUAUCUAUCUAUGUCUGUUCAUAUCUAUGUCUGUUCAUAUCUAUGUCUGUCCAUAUCUAUCUAUCUAUCUAUCUAUCUAUCUAUCUAUCUAUCUAUCUAUCUAUCUAUCUAUCUAUCUAUCUAUGUCUGUUCAUAUCUAUGUCUGUUCAUAUCUAUGUCUGUCCAUAUCUAUCUAUCUAUCUAUCUAUCUAUCUAUCUGUCUAUCUAUCUAUCUAUCUAUCUAUCUAUCUAUCUAUCUAUCUAUGUCUGUUCAUAUCUAUGUCUGUUCAUAUCUAUGUCUGUCCAUAUCUAUCUAUCUAUCUAUCUAUCUAUCUAUCUAUCUAUCUAUCUGUCUAUCUAUCUAUCUAUCUAUCUAUCUAUGUCUGUUCAUAUCUAUGUCUGUUCAUAUCUAUGUCUGUCCAUAUCUAUCUAUCUAUCUAUCUAUCUAUCUAUCUAUCUAUCUAUCUAUCUAUCUAUGUCUGUUCAUAUCUAUGUCUGUUCAUAUCUAUGUCUGUCCAUAUCUAUCUAUCUAUCUAUCUAUCUAUCUAUCUAUCUAUCUAUCUAUCUAUCUAUGUUCCGUUUUACGGUAUUUUAUAUAAACUUUUCUUUCUUUUUGCGCUGUCAGAUGAUAAUUUGACUCAAGUUUUACGUGAGAAAUUAAGAAUUGCUAUCAAAGACGGUGACAAGGACCAGUUAGAACGGGUCAUAAAUGAAUGCGUAGUUGCCAAUUUGUCGGAACUGGGACCUUACAUCAAUCGGGCUCGUGAUGUUCUUGAAGACGUCGAAGAUGAAAGACGAUACGGAAGGCAGAUCAUUGUUUUUGAAGAAAUUAUGUCACCGACUCCAUCUUCAAUUCGCGAUCAACUCCGGUCGGCGAUUAAACUCAAAGACUUGGAUUCAUUGGAAGCUGCGAUUGAAGAAGCCGAAGCAAUCGGAUAUCCGGAACUAGGUUCAGAUAUUCGGAAAGCGAGGGAGACAUUCGCAAGUCUUGGAGGAGAGGCAAGAGACACUAUAUUGGUUAGUCCUGAUAAUCUACGCGACAAAUUAAAGAAAGCCAUCGCAUCGAAAGAUGUACAAGGUUUGCAAAAUAUCAUAGAAGAAGCUGAAAAGACCGCUCUUCCGGAAGUAAGCUCAGAGCUACGGAAAGCCAGAGACACUCUGGAAAAUCUGGGAGGCGGACGCGGAGACACUAUAUUGGUUAGUCCUGAUAAUCUACGCGACAAAUUAAAAGCCAUCGCAUCGAAAGAUGUACAAGGUUUGCAAAAUAUCAUAGAAGAAGCUGAAAAGACCGCUCUUCCGGAAGUAAGCUCAGAGCUACGGAAAGCCAGAGACACUCUGGAAAAUCUGGGAGGCGGACGCGGAGACACUAUAUUGGUUAGUCCUGAUAAUCUACGCGACAAAUUAAAGAAAGCCAUCGCAUCGAAAGAUGUACAAGGUUUGCAAAAUAUCAUAGAAGAAGCUGAAAAGACCGCUCUUCCGGAAGUAAGCUCAGAGCUACGGAAAGCCAGAGACACUCUGGAAAAUCUGGGAGGCGGACGCGGAGACACUCUUCGUGAUCAGCUGACAUUGGCUAUCAGACAAAAGGAUAUCAAAUCCCUGGAGAAAGCCAUUUCGGAAACUGAAGCUGCCAGAUAUCCGGAAUUGUCGGCCGAACUUCGUAAAGCUAGGGAAGUUUACGAAAAUAUGGGAGGUGAUCGUGGAGGUCAGUUGGCGUUCAUUGGCUGUAAAUCUGUCGAUUUUUUCGUUUCUUUUUCUCGGCGUUCGCUUCUUAUCGCUUUUCUAUGUUUUCCAUUAGGUAAAUUGUCGGCUGAGACAUUACGUGAUCAGCUAACAACAGCGAUUAAAGAAGGAGACAGAGAAAAUUUGGAAGCGGUGUUGUUGGAAUGUGUGUCUGCCGGCAUGCCAGAACUCGACACUGCCAUACAGCGAGCUAGAAGUAAACUACUCGAUAUGGAAGAAGCCCCGAAACGAGACACUAUAUUGGUUAGUCCUGAUAAUCUACGCGACAAAUUAAAGAAAGCCAUCGCAUCGAAAGAUGUACAAGGUUUGCAAAAUAUCAUAGAAGAAGCUGAAAAGACCGCUCUUCCGGAAGUAAGCUCAGAGCUACGGAAAGCCAGAGACACUCUGGAAAAUCUGGGAGGCGGACGCGGAGACACUAUAUUGGUUAGUCCUGAUAAUCUACGCGACAAAUUAAAAAAGCCAUCGCAUCGAAAAGAUGUACAAGGUUUGCAAAAUAUCAUAGAAGAAGCUGAAAAGACCGCUCUUCCGGAAGUAAGCUCAGAGCUACGGAAAGCCAGAGACACUCUGGAAAAUCUGGGAGGCGGACGCGGAGGUAAAUUGUCGGCUGAGACAUUACGUGAUCAGCUAACAACAGCGAUUAAAGAAGGAGACAGAGAAAAUUUGGAAGCGGUGUUGUUGGAAUGUGUGUCUGCCGGCAUGCCAGAACUCGACACUGCCAUACAGCGAGCUAGAAGUAAACUACUCGAUAUGGAAGAAGCCCCGAAACGAGACACUAUAUUGGUUAGUCCUGAUAAUCUACGCGACAAAUUAAAGAAAGCCAUCGCAUCGAAAGAUGUACAAGGUUUGCAAAAUAUCAUAGAAGAAGCUGAAAAGACCGCUCUUCCGGAAGUAAGCUCAGAGCUACGGAAAGCCAGAGACACUCUGGAAAAUCUGGGAGGCGGACGCGGAGGUAAAUUGUCGGCUGAGACAUUACGUGAUCAGCUAACAACAGCGAUUAAAGAAGGAGACAGAGAAAAUUUGGAAGCGGUGUUGUUGGAAUGUGUGUCUGCCGGCAUGCCAGAACUCGACACUGCCAUACAGCGAGCUAGAAGUAAACUACUCGAUAUGGAAGAAGCCCCGAAACGAGACACUAUAUUGGUUAGUCCUGAUAAUCUACGCGACAAAUUAAAGAAAGCCAUCGCAUCGAAAGAUGUACAAGGUUUGCAAAAUAUCAUAGAAGAAGCUGAAAAGACCGCUCUUCCGGAAGUAAGCUCAGAGCUACGGAAAGCCAGAGACACUCUGGAAAAUCUGGGAGGCGGACGCGGAGGUAAAUUGUCGGCUGAGACAUUACGUGAUCAGCUAACAACAGCGAUUAAAGAAGGAGACAGAGAAAAUUUGGAAGCGGUGUUGUUGGAAUGUGUGUCUGCCGGCAUGCCAGAACUCGACACUGCCAUACAGCGAGCUAGAAGUAAACUACUCGAUAUGGAAGAAGCCCCGAAACGAGACACUAUAUUGGUUAGUCCUGAUAAUCUACGCGACAAAUUAAAGAAAGCCAUCGCAUCGAAAGUUAUACAAGGAUUGCAAAAUAUCAUAGAAGAAGCUGAAAAGACCGCUCUUCCGGAAGUAAGCUCAGAGCUACGGAAAGCCAGAGACACUCUGGAAAAUCUGGGAGGCGGACGCGGAGACACUCUUCGUGAUCAGCUGACAUUGGCUAUCAGACAAAAGGAUAUCAAAUCUCUGGAGAAAGCCAUUUCGGAAACUGAAGCUGCCAGAUAUCCGGAAUUGUCGGCCGAACUUCGUAAAGCUAGGGACGUUUACGAAAAUAUGGGAGGUGAUCGUGGAGGUCAGUUGGCGUUCAUUGGCUGUAAAUCUGUCGAUUUUUUCGUUUCUUUUUCUCGGCGUUCGCUUCUUAUCGCUUUUCUAUGUUUUCCAUUAGGUAAAUUGUCGGCUGAGACAUUACGUGAUCAGCUAACAACAGCGAUUAAAGAAGGAGACAGAGAAAAUUUGGAAGCGGUGUUGUUGGAAUGUGUGUCUGCCGGCAUGCCAGAACUCGACACUGCCAUACAGCGAGCUAGAAGUAAACUACUCGAUAUGGAAGAAGCCCCGAAACGAGGUGCGAACCGUUAA